CCAAAAAAACAAGAAUUAUCAAUCAGUCUUAUACUCUUAUCCACCGUCAAAUACAAGAACUAUCAUACUCUUCCUCAAAAAAAAAAAAAAAAAAAAAAAAAAAAACCUUAAUCAUUUAACUCGUGAAACAAAACAAAAAAAAGAAAAAAAAAUUAAUCACUCUGAAAGAUACACGCAGAAGGGUUAAUUUUAGAGAAUCAACCCUCAGCCCCUCACCGUCGUUCUUCAUCUUCCUUAGCUCCACUGCGCCACCACGUCUCUUCCCAGGUAAGUUUAAAUGCCUUCCACCCUUCGCUUAUUGUAAUUUGUCGACUAUGAAUUUUAGGAUUAUCAUUGAUUUUUUUUUUGGGUCCAAUUAUUGAUUUUAAUUUGGUUUCCAUGGUCUAAUUGAAGUCAAUUAAUUAAAAAUCAAUCAAAAUUGAUUGAGUAUGCGAAAAUCCCGAAUGAUUUUCAAUGUAAAAAUCCCAUUUCUUGUUAUUUCGACCCCUUUUUUUAACUAUUAUUUGUAAAAUAUAUACAAGUAUAUUUCAUGAAGAAGGGGGGGUGCAAGAAUUGGGAAGUUGAAGGUGACCCAGCUUUAGAGCUUGAAGUAUUGGAAUUCAUGAAAAAUUCCAAGAAACCCCAGAAGUUUCCUAGCAAAAUGGAGUUGAUUGAUUCAGGGAGGGUGGAUUUGCUUGAUGCAAUAAUGGAGAGAGGUGGGUGGAUGACAGUGGGUUAGGAGGAUGAAUAUGAAAAUGGGAUUAGUGAAAAUGGGUUAGCUAGUAAAAUGGAGGUAGUCUUGAGAAAGAAGGGUAAAAUUGGUUCUGUAAAUGAGGGAAGAAGUGGGUCAAAUGCUAAUGGAGAAAGGCCUUUUGAAGAGACUUCCUUUCUGGGCGAUUUUUCGCCGGCGCCUUCGUCUUCUGGUCGAUCACUAGAACUGGCCGCGGAAGAUGAGAGUGGGAUUGAGGGUAUAUUGAAUCGAUUGGAAAGGCAGAGAAAUCUGAGUUUUGGUUUCAAGUUGGGGAAGAAUGGUACUAAUGUAGAGAACGUCAAUGGAGGUACUAGUGACCAUAAUCGAUCCAAGGGAAUAAGGAAGGAUGUGGACAGUAGCGAUCCUCAAAUAAGUGAACCUGCAUCACUGAGCCAAGAUAGACAUCUGAUCAGUAGCAAUGGGUUGAAUAGAUCAUAUUCCAAUAGGUUAAGUAUGAAGCCAGAUGCAUGGAGAUCAUGGAGUAUUCAGAGGGAUGGCUUUUCAGACACAGAAUUUGAAGCUGGUGAAAUUGACUUCGGCAAAAGAGGUACAGGGGGUUUGUUGUUAAUUGAAUUCUCGUUUUGCUCUGAAUUCCUGUUCAUUAGAGGGUAUUGAGGCUCGCUAGUUAUAAUUAAAUUCUUGUUUGCUCUGAUUUUAUUAUGUUUUUGAGCCUAAUUUGCUGCUGGUUGAUUGUCAUGGCAACUGUUGUGGGUGGUUGCUAGAAUAACAGUAUGUUAAUUGAGUUUGCUCCUAAUUUGAGCUGUGGGGCAGCAAGUUAUUCUAAUUGGAUAUAAAAAUUUACCUUGACCCGGCAUCGAAUGCAUAAAUGCAUUCACUCAUUCUGUUUUCUGAGUAUCUGCUUGGUCUGAAUUCACUUCACCUCUAUAUAAUGUGUAAUCAUGGAUCACUAAUUUGGAGAAUUGGAGUUGCUUUUGGAUUGGAAAUGUGUUUGGAGUUAUUAUGAAGUUAAAUAUAUUAGCAAAUCAUUAAACCGAAUUGGUGCUGGAGUUAUGCAUUUCAACUUCAGGUUUCUAUAGUGAACAUAUAGCUGUUGUGAGUUGUGCAAACUACUUGGGUAAGGACUCAGGGAGUCAGGGGUGAAGAGCUUGUAAUUAAGCAUGCAAGUUUCUUGGUCAUUCACUGUUAACUUGACUAAGAAACUAUCAAUAGUGUUAAUUACAUACUACGUAUGUUGAUUUUGAUAUCCUCACAUUUCCCACUACCCUCAUCUUCUUAUCUGAGUUGAAUAAGGUGUAUUGUUGUCAUUGUCAAAUCCGGUUUUAUUUCCCAAUAUCUAUGUGACAUCAACCUUGGCCGUUAGAUGAGGAUACCAUUAGAUGAGGAUAACCACAAUGCAAAUUAGUCUCAAAAACAUAAUAAAAUCAGAGCAAAUUAGGGGCAGCAAUUUAGGGGCUAGAAUAACAGUAUGUUAAUUGAGUUUGACCCUAAUUUGAGUUGUGGGGCAGCAAGUUAUUCCUUAUUACGCUCUUGUAAUAAGGUGUUAGUUAAUUGAGUUGUGGGGCAGCAAGUUAGGGGCUAGAAUAACAGUAUGUUAAUUGAGUUUUUUGUCCAAUUUUUGAUUUUAAUUGGGUUUCUAUUGCGAAUUGAUAUUAAUCUGAUUAUUGAUUGAAUUGCAAAUUGGUUUAAUCUGAUAAUAUCACAGAUGCGAGAAUUAUUCUUGAAAAUAAUAUGAAUUAAGUAACUAGAAUUAGGAAUUAGUAUUUCUCGAUUAUGUUUAUGGCUUAUAAGGGGUUAUUCUUAAAAAUAAUACGUAGUAAGUAACUAGAAUUAGGAAUUGCGAAUUUUAGGGUUAUCAUUAAGUUUUUUUUGUUCAAUUUUUUAUUUUAAUUUGGUUUCUAUUGCCAAUUGCGAAUCCAGAAAUAUUGUUUUUUGUUUUUUUUUUACAUACUGUCUUCACAUUAGAGUUACGAUUAAGCUUAGGUCUAAUAAAGUUCAGCUUCCUCCUCUCAAUGGCAUAUGUACAUCAGGAACAAUGCAAAUAUUGGUUCACAGAUGUAGCAGUUAGAUACUAUAGAUAACGCAGCACCUGCUACUUCAAAUAAAAAUCCAAAUGUCUACAUAAAUUAAUUUUAAUACAUAUAAUAACUUAUGUUUCAGAAUUUAGGACUUUAAAUAGGCUACAGUUGUGUGAGUAAAAUGUAUGAAACAGAGCAAAGACGUUGCAUAAAACUUCCAAGGAAAACAACCCUUAGAGAAGUUUGACCCUGGCCAUCGCCAAAGGUAGCAUAUCUACUCCUCAAGUGGUUAAAAAAAUGGUAAGUGUAUGAUUUUAGCAGCAAACUUAUGAUUUUAUAUAAGAUUGAAGAAAGUAGAAAAUUUUUAGCCACUAAGCGAUGACAAUAACUAGCCUUUAUUACAAUUGCUCUGUAGUCUAUGUCCCCAAUUUUUUAUUGUAUUUUUUUUAGUGCUAACAACUUAUUCUUAUACAAGGCAAAGAAAAAGGAUGGAAUUUUACCAACUGCUGCUGAAGUUUAUGAGAGCACUCAUUCUGUUUGUGUGGGCAAUGAUGAAGUUGAAUUGAUGGGUGACAAGUCUUAAAAAGUCAUGGGAGAAUAUAUGGAAAAACUUGAGGAAUAUAAGAACAAAGGAAUUGAGAUAAACCCCAACAAAGUCUAUUUGGAGGUUGUAGGUGGACAAAAGAAAGGAAAAGUCUACGGUUUAGGGAGUGCUUCACAAAUGUAUUACAAGAGCGAUCCUGCUUCUCAACUUACGACAUCAUCUUUUACUCCUUCCAUGAUUUCUCAAUUAAGCUCUCAAGUUGAAGAAUUAAAGAAGAUGGCAGAAGAAAACCAUAACAAGGUAGAAGAAAGCCAAAAAA